AUGUUCCCUCCCUGCUCCUUGUGGAAGAUAUUGGACAAGUGCCGGGAGCCAAUCCCCAGCCUGGAGGCCAUCUACCUGCUCAGCCCUGUGGAGAAGUCAGUGCAGGCUCUGAUCAGUGACUUUCAGGGCACCCCCACCUUCAACUACAAGGCGGCUCACGUCUUCUUCAUCAGCCCCUGUCCUGAGCCUCUGGUCAAGGAGCUGAGGGAGUCACGGGUCACCAAGGCCAUCAAAACCCUCAAGGACAUCAACGUGGCCUUCCUGCCCUACGAGAGCCAGAUGUCUGGGGGAGGAGGGCCCUGCCUCCCCGGCUUUACCAGCUCUUACUGA